AUGUCUUACUGGCGGUUAGAUGCUGCAGAAAAGAAAGAAGAUCUGAACUUCAGCCUAGUACGGUUUCAGAGAUCGUGGGGGAAGGCCGACCACUUAAUACAUAAGCUCAAAGGUUUCCUCGUCACCUAUAUACUAGAUACUAAAUACCGUCACUUAACCGAGAGAGGGGACGACGCAUCGUCAUACUUGGGCAUUGACCGCGGAGAAUGCCUGUUCAAAAAGAGCUUGACCUUUCUUGCACGCUCAACUUCGCGAAAUUCUCCUCCAGCCUCUUACUCAUGUACGGAAGAGCUUUUCACAGCCCUGGGGAUUCUUUCUCUGGGCCAUGAAGCGGCUAAAGCGUGA